GUGGUAGGGUUUGUUUACAUGUUUUACAUUUUUUAAUUGGUUACGAAUUGUUAUUUCAAUACAAAAUAUGCAACAAAAGUGGGUCACUUCAAAUAAGAACCACUUUAAACUAUAAUAAUUAAGGCUUGUGCAAAAUAAGAUUGUAGUUCUAUGAAAAAGAACGUAUUUCUGAGAGUUUGUAGGUUAUGUUUAUAAUGAUGCUUAACGUUUUCAUUUCUAAUUUAGUAUAACAAAUUAAUUAAGUUGAUAGUAUUCUCGAAACGAAUGUUAGUUAAUUGAAGAAUUAUGACAGACAAUUAUGGUUUUUGUGACCUUUGUCUUAAUUACGUCGAAGGUGAUAAGAAACGUCUACGUGAACUUCUGUUAAAAGUUUAUUCCAUGGGCUAUGCAACUGUAGCAAUAAACCAAAAUAUCGACGAAAUUAUUUUCGAAUCAGAAAAGAAAAAAAAGAAGAAAGGAAGUGUAGGCGAACCGGUUGUUUGUAAUUUGCCGGCUCCUUUAGAAAUAGAAGAUUUAAUUAACGAAUUCAAAGGAAAGCUUAAAAUCUUGACUAGAAUUACAUUUUCGUUUUCUGACCCCGUCCGAACACAUAGCUUGAGUCAAUCUUCACUUUUACAAAGAUACAACAUAUUUGCAGUAUUGCCAAAAAAUAAAAAUGCUUUUCAACACGCUUGUUCUCAACUGAAUGCUGAUUUAAUUACUCUGAAUCUAAAAAAUUCUGGAUGGAAAUUUACUAGAAAAUUGUAUACACAAGCUGUAGAGAGAGGAGUACAUUUUGAGAUUAAAUAUGCAGAAGUUAUUCAAUCUGCCACCCGGAAAUUUGCAAUUCAUUUUGCUCACUUGUUUUAUACGUUUGGAAAGAGCAAGAAUGUAAUAAUAUCCAGUGGAGCUAAUGACGCAAAUCUGAUCCGGAAUCCAUACGACAUAGUAACAUUAGGAUCGGUUCUAGGAUUAAACGAAGUGAGGGCAAAAGCUUCAAUACUGUGGCAAUGUAGACAACUCAUCUUAAAAUCACAAGGAAGAAUUUGUGGAAGAACUGUUUUUACAAUCAAAUGUGACCACAAGGAAAGUGAUUCAGAAAGUGAAGAUAGCGACAGAGAAGAAGAGAGCGCUGCUAAGAAAAUGAAACUCUAAAAUCUCAUCAUGUUAUUUACUUUUUUCUGCAAAUUUGUACAUAUUUAAUUAAUCAUAGCCUUUAUCGUACAUAAAUUUCUUUUUUAAUCCA